CCAGUCCGCCGCUGCACUCGCUGCCUCUCCGGCCUCCUCGCUCCAUUCUCCCGCUUCCUCGCCGGCCAUGGCCGCCGCCGCCGUCGCCGCCGCCGCCGCGACCUUCCGCUCCCUGCACCAGCCCGCGGCCAAUGGCGUCCCCGUCCCGCUCCCCAGCGUCCGGCUCCAGGGCCUCCAGCGCCACCGCGUCGGCCUCGGCCUCUUCGCGUCCCCUCGCGGCCGCCCCGUCCUGCUCCCGCCCUCCGCCGCGGCCGCCGGCGAGGCGUUCUCGUCGGACGGAGAGGAGUUCGACGGGGAAGAGGAGGAGUACUUCGACGAGGGAGAGAGCGAGCAGGAGGAGGAGCAGGUCGAGGCCCCGCGCGCGUACUCGUCGCCGCGGAGCCGGCCGCCGCGCGGCGAGGAGCCCGGCCGGCUAUUCGUCGGCAACCUGCCCUACACCUUCACCUCCGAGGAGCUCUCCGAGGCCUUCGCUGAGGCCGGCAGGGUCGACGACGCGCAGAUAAUCUACGACAAGGUCACCAACCGGAGCCGCGGCUUCGCUUUCGUCACCAUGGCCACUGCCGAGGAAGCCGCCAAGGCUAUCCAGAUGUUCGAUGGCGCCCUGCUGGGAGGGAGGACGGCGAGGGUGAACUACCCAGAGGUGCCGCGGGGUGGGGAGAGGAGAACGGUCACAACGGCUGGCCGCAGGCGUGAUGAUGGCACUUACAAGAUUUACGCCGGCAACCUGGGGUGGGGAGUGCGAGCCGAUGCGCUGAGGGCAGUGUUCGAGGGGCAGGCUGGCUUGCUUGAUUCCAGGGUCAUCUUUGAGCGUGACACCGGGCGGUCCAGGGGGUUCGGGUUCGUCUCCUUCAGGACCGCAGAGGAUGCACAGGCUGCAUUGGAGGCUUUGGAUGGAGUGGAGUUGGAAGGGAGACCUCUGCGGCUUAGUCUGGCAGAACAGAACCCACCACCUGGUUCUCCACCUAGCGCGGUGCAGGCACAGCAGGAAGAAACUGCUUCAGACAUAUCUGAUGCAGAGACGGAAGCAACCAGUUCUUCAGAACUAUCUGAAGCAGAAUUCGACGAGAGCAACUUACAGACAUCUGCAACUUAUUCAUAACUACAAGCCAGGGGUUAUAAGAAGUGUUGUAAUUGUAACGACUUCCAAAUUCUGCCAUUCAAAUCCAAGUUGUACCUAUUUGAGGCGAAAAUUUUGACACCAGUGAAGCUGUAGUGAGGAUUCAGCAUUUCAGCUAUAGAUACUAGAAUGUGUUAGGUAUCUAGAUACUGCUGUUGUUCUUGUAAUGUAUUAUGCAAAAUAUAUUGUUCCCAAGUGCAACAGUGUAGCCCUUCACUUCCUGUAAAAUGAUCCAAUUCACAUGUUA